AUGGACGCAUCACACCCACGCUUAUUCCUCGGUUCUACCACAUCUUUCUUUCUUUCGCCACUUGUCUCCUCACGCCGUUACACACAUCAAAUGACUGGACAAAUCAACGCCGAUUCCUCUUCUCCAGCAAGCAACAUCGACCUAUUUCUUCCUCUUCCAAUCGCCGGUCGAAGCUCCUUCCUCGUCUAUCAGGUAGCAGAGCAAUUGCUUACUCCUUGCCCUAAAUCCAUCUAUUUACUGUUGAAGGUAGCUGAUUGACUCCGAUUACACCUUAUAUAUUUUUUAAUUCCGAUAAUACCCUUGGGUAAAUAGAUGGAUUGGCAAGGACAGAAGGUAGCAGAGCAAUUGAUGCAGAUAUUGCUGGUGGUAUUUGCAGUUGCAACAUUUAUAACAGGUUAUGUUGUGGGUUCAUUUCAACUGAUGUUGAUAGUGUAUGCUGGGGGGGGGGGGGGUGAUUUUGACAACUUUGAUUACAAUUCCUAAUUGGCCCUUUUUUAACAAACAUCCUCUCAAGUGGUUGGAUCCAAGUGAAGCUGAAAAGCAUCCAAAACCACAGGUGGCUGUGACUUCGGUUUCAAAGAAGAAACCCAACAAGAAAUAGGCUAUGGCUAUUAUAUCAUAACUGGGUCAUAUUGAAAUGAGAAUUGUGUUUUUUCGGAAUUUAUUCUGUUUUUAAUGUUUAUCUUGAUAAAUGAUAUAAGGCAAGAAGAUUGAAGAAAAAUAUUUUAAAUGAGUAGAGCAAUUGAAUUUGAUUA